AUGUCGUCCAAAAAGGUCUUUCCAUGCAACACUUGCGACCUUGUUUUCGAAAACUCUCAGGCUCAACGAACGCACAUGCGAGAGCCGUGGCAUGUCUAUAACCUCAAACGUCGAAUGGCAUCUUUGCCGCCAAUUUCAGCAGAUAGUUAUGCCGAGAACGUGGCAACGAGUCUUGUUUCGAACAAGCAAGAAUCAUUAGAUGCUGCGCCUUCCUCAGCAGUGGUGAAGCCCUCGCCUGAAGAGGAACACGCGGAAGAGAGUGACGAGUUUGAAGAUCCCAUCGGUGAAAAGGCUCAGAUCAACUGCUGUCUAUUUUGUACCAUGGAUUUAGACAGCCUGGAAACCAACCUUGAGCACAUGUCCUUGCAGCACGGCCUUUACAUUCCUGAGAUUGAGCAUCUCUCAAGUCUCGAGACAAUCGUCGGGUAUCUCCGUACUGUUAUUACCGAGUACAAAGAAUGCUUAUACUGUGGAAUGAUCAAGCAGUCUACAGAAGGUAUUCGGCGGCACAUGCUUGACAAGGGUCAUUGCAUGAUCAACUUGGACCGCGAACCGGAGCUUCUCGAAUUCUGGGACUUCUCCGAUAGCGAUGAACAUGACACUGACGACGAAGAGGCGCCAAAAUCACGGGCUCGAAAGACUGAUACGACGGCAUCCAAAGACUUGUCGGAAGGCGAAUACACACUUCCUUCUGGGAAAGUUGUCGAAUCCAAGAGCAAGGCUCGAGAAGCCCGCCUUUUCGCUCGUCGAACUGCCUCGGCCACCAAAGAGACUUCCAGCCGAACGAUUACCGAGGGUACAAUCGACAACACCGACCAGAAUUCUUUGGCCUAUCCGGCUGAAUCACUUAUAAGAACCCAAGGAGGAACUCGGGAUCGUGCACUCGCCGUGCGAGACGCACUGGGGCUAGUUGGCGUCUCUGAGCAGCAGAUGCGGAGUCUUGUCACGGUUCAGAGAAAGAUGCAAAGGCAGCAGGCGAUCGUGCGAGCGUCGGCGAGCUGGGCAGGAGAUAAGGGCGGAAUUCAUCAAAGGCACUACAAGGUAAAGAUGAAUUUACGCGAUGGCUGA